CCAGAGAGGCCGGAGAGGACGGAAAGAAUCUGGAGGUUCCUGAAUGAAUUUGGUGUAACUGAGAGAUCGCUGGUUUUGGAGUCUCGAAGGGCCACUAGGGAAGAAAUAGAAGCUGUGCAUACCAGAGAUCACGUAGACCUCAUGUUCAGUCUGAACACUCUGUCUAAUGAGAAACAUUAGGAACUUACAGGAGACUUACAAGUCGGUGUAUCUCCACCCCUCUAGUAAUGAUGCGGCCUUGAUGUCAUCAGGCAGUUUGCUGCAGGUUGUGGAUAGUGUCUGCAGUGGAGAAAGCCAGUCAGGAAUUGGGGUUAUUCGCCCACCGGGUCACCAUGCUGAAAUGGACCACCCUCACGGAUUCUGCCUCUAUAAUAAUGUUGCUGUUGCAACCAAAUAUGCUGCUCAAAAGUAUGGAUAUCAAAGAAUCUUGGUCCUUGAUUGGGAUGUUCAUCAUGGUAAUGGAAUUCAGCACGCAUUCGAGUACCCUUCUGUGCUGUAUGUGUCCAUACACCGCUACGAUGAUGGCCUGUUCUUCCCAUCUUCGGAGGAUGCAAACUAUGACCAAGUAGGCGUUGGAAAAGGAGAAGGUUUCAACGUCAAUAUUCCUUGGAAUAAGAGUGGCAUGGGAGAUGCUGAAUACAUGUCUGCAAUGCUGCAGGUUGUAAUGCCCAUUGCAUACCAGUUUGAUCCACAGCUGGUUAUAGUGUCAGCAGGAUUUGAUGCCGCAAGAGGGGAUCCCCUUGGAGGUUGCCGGGUUACUCCCGAGUGCUAUGGCCACAUGACACAUCUACUGACCUCCUUAGCCGGCGGCCGCAUCAUCCUUGCCUUAGAAGGUGGUUAUAAUCUCAACGUCAUCAGUUACUGUAUGACCAUGUGUGCGAAAGCUCUUCUUGGAGACCCAAUGCCAGCUUUGGAUAAAGCUCUGUGCCAAAUAAGAGAGCCGUGGAGACCAUUCCAGCGUCAUCCAGGUGCACUCAAAAUAUUGGUCUUCCUUAUGUUUUCAGCUUCAAGCAUUGCCCACGAGAAGAAAUACACUUCCGUUGUGUUUGGUGAAAGUUGCAGGGCAGGUUGUAAAAGUGAAACACUUCAAAAUAUCAGGACUCAUUUACAGGAAUUCCAGCUUCUUGAAACUUGCAAUAUUAUACCUUCUAGAGAAGCGAGAAAGGAAGAAUUUUCUUUUCUUUUCAACGAUGGCAUUGGUGAAGAACGUAUGUCUGAAGAAGAAAAGGACCGUGUAUUGACAUCUGUUGGAAAUGCUGUCGAUAUGAUCUCCGAAGUAGUCUUUUAUAGGUGCCAGAAUGGCAUUGUCCUCGUGCCAUGUGGUAAUGCUGAUACAGGAACCUUUAGUUUGUGUGAUAUUGCUUCUUUUAGUGCAAAACAUACUAUUGAUAACUUGAAUGUCCAGCGUGUAAUGAUCGUAGACUUAGACUGUAGUACAAAUCGAGAUUGCCAUGCUUUUUGUGGUGAUAAGAGAAUUCUGACUUUUUGCCUUAGGUUACACGGUAAUCAACAGUGUCAGAGUAGCGGAAAGGAGAGUACAAAAGGCUGUGAAUCUUGUGAUCGUAACAUUAAAUUGAACUUGGGUUGCCAGAAUUUCCAUAUGGAAAAUUAUUAUACUCUAUUUCACCAGCUCAUUUUGCCAGUCGCUUAUGAAUUCGCUCCCGAAGUCAUUGUAGUCGUCAGCAACUACGAAGCUGCAGCUCAUUGCGCAAAUGUCUUUCCAAUAGUUUAUGCUCAUUUGGUAGGGCAGUUGAUGGCUUUAGCAAAUGGUCGGAUUGUAGCAUUAAGUGGGACCAGCCAGCAUGAAGCAGUAACUAAGGAAUGCAUUUCUGCUGUCUUUUCUGCCCUCCAAGACAUCCCUUGUAGCUCUGCCCCAAAGGUAAUGGAAAGCGCAUCGCCAUUAGCCAAAGCAGAAGUUCUAGAGGUCAUCAGUGCUAAAAGGAAUGAUUGGAAAACAUUGCAGUGCCAUGCCCAGACUUCAUGUGCCUUGUCAUACAGUCGGAAACCAGACGAUUCUACGCAAGAAUGUUGUGGACGUGACUCUGUCAGUGACUUUAAGAGAUAUGCCAAGAGUUCUGCGGAUGAGGCUGAGCUUCCUUUGUGCCUUGUGUAUGACGAGUCCAUGCUGGAACACUUCAGCUACGAAGACAGGACACAUCCGGAAUGUCCAGACCGGAUCAGGUGCAUAUACCAGCGCUUGCAGGAAUUCAGAAUUGUUGAACGUUGCCUCCGUGUCAAGGCAAGGCCAGCAUUUGUCAGAGAACUGGAGGAAUUGACCACAGCCCAUAAAGACACCUGCGGUUUGAUGUCCAGUUUAGUGUCGAAGAAGCCAAGUGAUCUUCAAAAUUUGCAGGAAAAUUAUGAGUCGGUUUUCUUUCAUCGCCAAACACACAAUGCUGCUUUGAUGGCGGCUGGAUCUGUUAAUGCUGUCGUGGAUAGCGUUCUAAAAGAGUACUACAAUAAUUGUCAAUAUGACAAUAAAUCUAUUGAAAAAGAAUAUGAAGAAUACAAGUAUGAAGAUGUUAUAAAGAAAGCUAUUUAUGUGCACUUAAAAACUGGUUGUAGUAAAGAGUUGAUAGAAUAA